UAAUUGAAGCACCAUUAGACAAAGUUAUGAAAAUAGAUGUGAUGAUAAGGAGCCUACUAGAAACAUUAAUGAAAACCGAAUAUGGUAUUAAUAAUGCGAACAAUGAGAAUGAUGUGAUUAAGGUGUACAAAAAUAAAUUCAGAGGAUCUAGCUCAGAUGAUAGAGCGAAUGAAUCUAGAAAUUACUAUGAAACUAAAAUUAAGAAUGAAAAAGAUGAGCAAAAGGCAUUUGUUUAUUGCUAA